AUGGGUGCCGUAGCGAUCAAUCGAAAGCGCAGCGAAGAAUCACUAAACUUCAAUCAACAAUCAACCGGCCAAUUCCUCCGACAUUCGCCGUAUUUCCAAGCUCCGAAGAAACGAAGAUUCUCCUUCGCUAAUAUGUCUGAUGAUUCUAAUAAGCCAGCUUCGUCUUCAAACCCCACAGUCUCGAGGAUUUCAAGGUAUCCUGAUGCCAAAGCUCCUCUUAGACGAGAAAUCCACGCCCCAAGCAGAGGAAUUCUUAGAUACGGAUCACAGAGAGCAAAACCUAACGAUUGCUGCGAGAAAGGGAAUUUCUUCUUCCGCGAGUAUGAUAAUGCCAAGAGAACAGCUUUGGGUGCUCUCAGGUUCCUUAAGAGAGAUAAAGAGUUUAUUGACUUGGUCGAUGAGCCUGAGAAUGAGAAGGAAGCGGUUUCUGAAGAUUCAAGCGAUGAAGUAGUUGAAGUUGUCGAUUGUGAUGAGGAAAAAAUGGUAGAUGAUAUGGAGGUGAAGAAGAAUCUUCAGCCUUCUUCUUCUUCUACUCCCGAUGUUAAAAUCGGGAACAGCAGCUUCAGAGUUGAUGACACUAGCACGAUGCUCGAUUCGUUGUCUUUAGGUAGAGAAAUGACGACGACUGAUGAUGCUUCGAGCCUCGAAGCCUAUAAAAAGCUAAUGCAGAGUGCAGAGAGGCGGAAUCCGAAGCUGGAAGCUUUGGGGUUUCAGAUUGUGUUACAUGAGAAGCGCAUGUCGCAGCUUCGCCAGUCUCGCCCAAAACCUGUGGAGGAGAUAAAGCCUGUCAAGAAGGUGCCUGAUGAACCGUUUAUACCUCUCACAGAGGAGGAGGAGGCUGAAGUUUAUCGUGCCUUUUCCGGGAGAAAUAGGAGAAAGGUCUUGGCUACUCAUCAAAACUCGAACAUUGAUAUUACUGGAGAAGUUUUACAAUGCCUUACACCAUCUUCAUGGCUAAAUGACGAGGUUAUCAAUGUCUACCUUGAACUACUCAAAGAAAGAGAAACUAGAGAGCCCAAAAAGUAUUUGAAGUGUCAUUUCUUCAAUACCUUUUUCUACAAAAAGCUGGUAAGCGACUCUGGUUAUAAUUUUAAAGCUGUUAGGAGAUGGACUACGCAGAGAAAGCUGGGAUAUGCUCUUAUCGACUGUGACAUGAUAUUUGUUCCCAUCCACAGGGGUGUGCAUUGGACCUUGGCAGUUAUUAACAACAGGGAUCGCAAAUUCUUGUAUCUCGAUUCACUAAAUGGAGUUGAUUCUAAGAUUUUGAAUGCUCUGGCGAAAUACUUGGGCGACGAAGUUAAGGAAAAAAGUGGAAAAAACAUUGAUGUUAGUUCGUGGGACAUGGAAUUUGUCGAAGACAUUCCCCAACAACAAAAUGGGUACGACUGUGGAAUGUUUAUGCUAAAGUACAUCGACUUUUUCAGUAGAGACCUGGGGCUAUGUUUCAGCCAGGAACACAUGCCAUACUUCCGGCUAAGAACGGCUAAAGAGAUUCUGAGACUACGAGCUGACUAA